GAGGCUCUCCAGAUAAUCCCGAUUCGUAACACCAUUGAAGUCCCUUUAUUUGACGGGUUGGGGAUGAGGGAGAGGGGGACGAUAUUAAGAAGAAAACAUAAUCAUUUAGCAGAAAACCCUACUUCCUAUACCCCGCCCGUCCCAUCUGCUGUUUUCGGAUCCAAGCCUGUCUGAAAGAGAUUCAAUCAAGAUGAAAAUAAUUGGUGUUGCUGUGUUUGGAGCCAUGUUCUGCACUGUUCUGACUGCUUCCCUGAAAGCCAAAGAAGAACACAAGAUUGCUUUUUUCGGCGAGGAUGUGCACAUCCCACUCCCAUCCCUAGACAGCACUGAGGUUCUCUUCAAGCCCGCCUCCAACCCAACCGACGAGGUGGUCCUCAUGAGGGACGGGCGGGUGGUGGGCCACCGGGCCCAGCUCAACUCCCUCAAGCACCUCAUCCUGGAGGAUGUGGGGGAGGAGGACGAGGGCAUGUACGUGAUCAAGAACACCGAGGCGCCUGCCGAUGUCAAACACAUCCUCCUCCUCGUCAGGGAUUGCGCGCUGGAGCAGGUGGUUAAGUACGGUGAGACAUACCACAUCCCGCUCAGCGACAUCUUGGGCCCUAUCACCCUGGAGUUCAGGCCCAGUCAAGCCCAGGCCAAUCAGACCACGGAGCCACCGGCGGUGGUGCUGCUCAACCAGACUUCCAUCCCCGCGGAAGAGUACAAGGGCCGUCUGAGUGUGUCCGAGAAAAGGGUGACUCUAAGCAUGGUGCAGGGGACAGACGAAGGUAGCUUCACCGUACUGGACCGCGACGGGAGGGUCAGGAGGAGGUCAUGCCUGAACGUGAAAGAGCACCAGAACUUCGUCCACCUAUCAUAUGGCAGUACUUUGAAGAUCAACCUGUUUGUGGACCACACCAAAGUCAACCUCCUGUACACUCCAGACUGGGACCGGAAGGACCGGGUCAUACUGGAGCAAGGAGAGCUGGUGGUGCCGUUGGACCCUUCACUGGACGGCAGGCUGACUGUAGAAGGCUCCAUGUGCAUUCUGGAGAGGGUCCGGUUCAGUGACAUGGGGCUCUUCAGAGUGACAGACCUGUUGGGGUUCCCUGUGACCAACAUCUACCUGAAGGUAGAAGCGUAUAAGUUACCCACGCUGUAUGUUGCAAUCCUCUCCUUACUGGGCUUCCUGGUCCUCCUCUUGCUGGUGUGCCUGUUCUCCUGCCUGACCAGUGUGCGCCGUCGGGCGGAGAAGGCGCGGCAAAUUGCCCUCAUCGCCCAGCAGGCGGGCAAGGGGGAUGGAGACGCAUUCGUCAAGGUUGUUCAAGAGGCCUAUACGCGGUUCGCUGAGGAGUCCACUUUGACGUCUACGUGGGACAACAGCAAUGCCACAGAAAGCACGGAGGUCACUAUUAAGGGUCUGGAGGUAUCUAAAGCAGGCCGCUACCACACUCUCUCCUCGGACAAGAACUUCCUGGAGAUGAGCGACUCGGGGGUAGAGUUCAACUCCUCCGGCCUCCCGUUAGACAGCGAAUACGAGACGGACGUGCCCCAGACCUUCACCUCCCACAAGCUGCUCCUCAACAACUCUGACAGCGUGGCAGCCACUGUCAUCCCAGAGGGAGAUCAAAGCGCCAACCGGAACCCCGACUCGGCCAUGAGCCCCAGCCUCGUGACCCAGGCCCGCUCUGAGGCCGACGCCCCUGAAGAAGACCUGAUGGGUGACAGCACGCCAGAAAUGACAUCCAGGGGCGCCGAGCUGGCUGGAGGACUUAAGGCAGCCGACAGUGUUGCUGAGCCUGGCGACUAAGCAAGCAGCCCAUUGAUUCCCAGUGCCACCGCAGAGAACACCAUCACCUGAGAGCACCUGCAUUGUAUUCCUAAAAGUCAGACACAAACCACCGGACACCCUAACAAUCUUUACUCUUCAGCCUCAAUUACUCCCCCACUCACACAGACACAACCCAAAUCCCGAUCAUUGCUUCUUUUUUUUAACCUAAAGCUACAAAAAAUACUUGGUGUAACAAUAGCCAGUCUAAAUGCACUAGACUUUCUAAAGAGGAAAAAUACAAGAACUUAGCUCAUUAGAACACAUGAAUUCUGUGCAUACAGGAAAUGCAUGUGUAACGGAGUUAAAAACAUACCGUACCAUCAGCUCACGCCAUAGCUAGGUUGAAAUGUCGCGGAUGGAGCCAUCCAAUUGGCAUCUUCUGGGUGGCUCAACCCGUUGGAAUGUUGUCAAGGAGGGCGGUCACGUGUGUUGUGAAAUAGAGGAUCACUGGUUCGAGCCCAGUAUGUGGCAGUUGGACUGUGGAGGAAGCUAAGCUGUUAACAGCACACUGACCCCCGUUACACAUGUUUUUAAAUUAGACUUAAAGCUAGAAUGUAUCCUUAGCUGGCCCAAGAGGGAAUUGAUAGUACCAAUUACUGAUAGUACUAAGUAUUAAGAACCACAGACUCAGAGAUAAUAUCUAAGAUAACUUGGUGGACUAAGGGAAAACGCAAGAUUAAAAUGUCCAAAAGGAAUGAGUGCACACUGAUAUCAAAGUAAAAAAUGUUUUAAAUAAUCCUGUAAAAAUGUAUCCCAGAUUUCCUAUAAUGACAAAAAUGAUAACAAUUCUGACAGAGCUACAACAUAUUUAAUCCAUCUUUCUUAUUAGCAUUGAAUGUCCCUACCACUGAUACUGUAUGUGGGGCCAUAGACAUAGCAGCAAAAUGUAUGACAUAGGCCCAGGGUAAUAGACCAACUUAAUUUUACAAAUAAAAUUGUAAUACUAGACUAACAAAACCAAUAAAGACAACUUUAUUUUCAAAAACAUCUUGGUAAAUAAUGCUUCUGACAACCACAAGCCCAUAGUUUCUGACAUAGGUCUAUACCGCUACAAUUUCAUUACAUAACAGAAAUUACAGGCAAGGCAGAAGGCUUUGGCACCAACUCUCAGCAUAUAGCCUCUAUAGAACACCAGAGUUGGAGAGCUAAUUAUUGAUAACUGAUACAAGCCUCGUAGAUUGAAUAACACCAUGCUAUGCAAGAAAGCUUGUAGUGUCCCUGGGCAUGUAACAAGGUGUCCAAAUCUCUGCCACUUUUGAUGACAUCAUCCAGUAAAACACAUGUUUUAAACAUCCCUUAGCUUGCAACGCAAAUGACCCAGAACUAAUACAACAGCAACUUAACAUCACGCCAUUUUGAACCCAUCUACAUAAGGGCAUGUUUCUCAUUACAACCCCAGCCACUGCAGAAAAAGCCUUGAAACAGGGACUUCUGGUUGGAAGGGACCUAAACAUUUAGAUUGUUGCCCUUUAAUAAAGCAAAGACACACUCAGGAGUGAUAAGAUGAUGAGGCAGACCUAUUGACAAUGAAUGCAUGAUGUCACCCAUCCUUCUUUUUGUAUCCAAUUGCACCACUCGGGAAGCCCCCUUUUUUCAUUCCUAUUUUGCCUGACUCCACGGCCCAAAAUGAACUAAGUGCUGAAUUGAUAAAUGCUAGCGAUUAAGCCAACUUUCCUGACAUACUGAAAACACGUCGCUUACUGAGAUUGGCGCGCCAUCAAAGCCAGCAAAGUUAUUAAGAUUCAAUGCACUUGCCGCUGCAUUCAUCAAAGUCUUUAUGGGAGAAGGUUUGCACAUUUCCUUUCAACACAUUAGGUACUGUCAGAUUAAUUUAUUUGAACCAAUCAUCCCACCCAGAAUCUCAAUUCAGUACAACAUUUUUUCAAACGCAUUGUAUUUCAGAUGGGUGAGGAUGCACGACUAGAUUAUAAGAAAGCGGUAAAGUCCCAAUGCAAAACAGAACAUGAUUCUUAAUCCAACACUGUGGUUGCUGAACUGUUGAAAUGUCAAGAUUAUUGUAUUAAGUCCUAUGAGAAUUGUACUGUAAAAUAGGCCUAAUAUCCCGGAUCUAUUCAAUGUAUUCAGUCUGAACAGGAAAAACGCAGAACCGUUCGCCAACCAUUCAGAUAACAUCAGUGAGAGAUGUCCGUCUGUCCAUUUGCUGCAAAUAUAUAUUGCAAAGUCAUCCACCACCCAUUUGCUUCAGUAACACUAUAUUAAUACACCCAUUACAACAUCUGACAAACCAUUCCACUAAGGGUUCCCAUUGGUUUCAACUCUAGUCCAUUCAGGUUCGGCAUAUUAUUAACGAGGGUAUUCUGUGUGUCGAUAAUUGGUGUGUGUACACAUGAUCAUGUUAAAAAGGUCAAAACAAAGGGAAUGAAGGGGUGUAACAGUCCCAGGAAUGUUGGGACGCCGCAUAGUUGUUGUUGGGGGACAGCGUCUGCUAGCAAUAUCGCUACCUCGUGUUGUGACCGAUUUAGGAUGUCCGUGAGUGGAACUCAACUGAGUAAGGCAGACAUGAUUGGUGUCUGAAAGACAAAGCACAAAUAUAACAUGAGAAACAGUUGAAAGUAUAACAAAAAUGUUCAAAAUGAAUUUAAUUGCAGCUGUUGUAAAUAACACUACCGACAAAAUAUAAAGUAUGAUUCUACGUUCCUUUUUUUGGUUGAAAACUAAGGUUAAAUUGUUUUUAAUGCAACAUGAAAAUGUCGGACAGCGUAAAUAAAUAUCUUACGUGUAAAUUCAUCAUAUAUGAUGUAGCUACUUGAUCGUUGCUAUUCUAUCGGCUAUUUAUAUUGGUUUUGUAGAAUAUAAUGUAUUUAUAGAUGUGUGUUCAAUUGGUGUUUCAUUUGCACUAAUUAUUUAGAAUUGAUGACAACUUUGACUAAAGACAAUGUAAAAGCCACCUUUAAAGCUAUCCCUUUCAUAUCAGGUAACAAGCUACUGGAUCCAUGGUCUGAUGAGGUACAUUUGACCCAUUCCUAUUUUAACUAAUUAAAGGGGGAUUGAUUUUUAAUUGAAUCUUGAGCAAUAUCUGCGCUUUAGCACCGAAAAACAAAGAUAUAUAUAUCUAAAAAUCUUACCGUACAAAUCUUACCCAAAGCUCACUUUCAAGCACUCUUGUAUAUAGCCGAGAUAUAUUGCAUGUGUAUAGCCAAUACUGUUUCUUACUGCAAAGUUAUGCAAUAUUUUAUAUCCCUGAGUUGGGUAAUUUAUCCUUUCACUAAGUUCACAGUAGUUAUAAUGAUAUACGUAAUGUAGGAGAUGCCUUAGACUGAGUGAUCGAGGAGACAUAAUAGCAGUAAAAUGACGAUUUUUCUGUCUCGUUCUCUUCUCUCUUUUCCAUCACACAUCAUCUACCUAGAGUAUCACACGAUAGUAUCGGCACCUCAGAAUGUUUUUUAGAAAAUGCUAGACAUGCUUGAACAUUUCAUAAGAACUCUUAGUAUCACGACUACUUUAACUGAUAUUACACUUUUUUCUUCUUAUGCAGAUAACUGCUGUCAGCUAUAGUGUACCCAAAAACUACUGCUGCAUGUUGAGCCGUAGGUUGCCUGUGAGACAGCAGGAAUACUGCCAUAUUUAAAUUGCAACGUAAAUACUAUCUUUUUGGUGUCUGUUCAUGCAGUCAAAGAGGUAUUCUCAUUGUCAAUAUUACUAUGGCUCAGACUGGAAUAAUGUACAUGUCACCCGCAAAAGCCAUUACAAAAUCACCUCUGCAAUUUUCACAAUGAUUCUAUUUCCUUAAUAUUGAUGUCAGCCAACAUGGUAUGUAAAACAAAUGGUCAACCAGAGUUGAGAGUAAGUCUAGAGUGACUUUAUGCUAUAUACAGGUAGAAAGCGUGGGAUUUCGGCAACAAAGUAUGACCAUUCAUUACAAAGUAAUUCAUUAUUAGUAGUAUUUAGUAUUCAGCAAUCUAUGUCCAUUUGAUCUACUUCAGGGUUGAGUUCACAAGGCCGAAGUCCAUAGCUGAAUUCAGCUGAAUGGUAUACCUGGCAGGUUUAUUUCAGGUACCUUGGUGGGAAAAGAUGUCAGAUGUAAUCAGGAAAACUGCUUCUGAAAAUGAAAUGAUGCGUGCUAACCUUGGUUAUUAUGAUUGCAUUUUAUUGUUUUGUUUCAUUUAAAAUGAAUUACUUUCCAAACUUGCCUGUUAGGUUUAAGUCCAGAAUUCAUACUGUUGGCUCUCUAGCUAUAUUAUCGUUGACUUUUAUAAUACUUCGCUAUCACGUACGAACAACUAUGCCCUUGUGUGCUAGAAUUAACCAUUUCGAAAAUGUUAUACUUUUGGCAUCAUGCACAGAAUUUUUAGGAAUAUUUUUUUUCUUCUGUAAUGAAUGAGCAAUGUCCAUUAAAGGAUUUUGAAGAAACAGA